AUGUUUGGAGGAGUCGCGGUGGGGAACGUGUCGCGUCUGGUAGUGCUGCCCCUACUCCUGACGCUCUGGUCGGCGCUGGUGGUCGUGGUCGUGGUCCAAGGCUCGGAGCUCAGGGUCCGGGUCCGGCUGGAAGACGGGCUGAUCACCGAGGAGGUGCUGGAAGCGGACAGCGAGAGAGACUCCAUAUCGCUGGAGUUCAAGCAGGGAGACGGCACGCUGGUUACGUUUGUGGUCGAUUUCAAGCAGGACAUCAAAAUUUUCCGUGCGCUGAUUCUUGGUGAACUGGAGAGAGGACAGAACCAGUACCAGGCUUUGUGCUUUGUUACCAGGCUCAACCGUAAUGAGAUCAUCCCCAGUGAGUCCAUGGCACGACUGAGACAGAAAAAUCCUCAGGCAAUCCGUUUGGCAGAGGAGCGGAGGGGACUGGAGCAGCUCACGAUGAGUGCAGCGGUGAACCUGAGUCGAGCUGGCCAGCUGAGCUCCCACAUACACAACAUGUGCAGCGAGGCCCCAGAGACCAUUUAUACCAGGGAGGCCGACGUCAAAUACUGGCUGGAGAAAGGAGUGGAUGGUUCCAUGUUUGAAGAAUUACCCAGGACGACAGAAGCAGCCAGCCUGCAGCCUUGCCACUCUGCUAAAGACUUAUGGCAGCCAUGUCUGUGCACUUACAACCUACGCCUGGAGUGGUACCCCUGUUUACUGAAGUACUGCCGGAGCCGGGACUCUGCGGGAAAGGGCUCCUCCUUCAAGUGUGGCAUCAAGAGCUGCAGCAAGGGCUACCAUUUCACUUACUUUGUUCCCCAAAAACAACUUUGUCUCUGGGAUGAGGAAACCUAG